GCAUGCUCAGUGAUGGUCAUGGGGGCAGUCUGAAGAGGACUGGACGGUUCGAGCAGCGGGAGGAAAUUGUGAGAGAAGGGUAUUCAGAGCAGUGGAUUUGCAGAUAGUAAAUUCAAACCAAAUAUCAAGAUUUGACAGAACCAUUCAAUUCAUUGGGACAUGUACAUCAUUGGUCUUUGAAUGUACGAGAAGAAAUGUUUGUCUCUGGGGGACAAAAAAAUUCAAACAUCAGUGAGACUGAAACAGAGACACCUAAAUGUGAGUGUUCCAGUGAGUUGACUUUGGAAACCGUGGUUACUGAUUUCAUCACAUCACUCAUGGUGGAUGGGAACCAUACAUUUGUGUGUAGAUUAAACUUCAAAUGAUCAUCCAAACUAGGGACACCCAAAGACAACCACACCAUGGAGAAACCGUGGAAGUGUGGAGACUGUGGGAAGGGGUUCAGUUACCCAUCUGAGCUGGAAACACAUCGACGCAGUCACACUGGAGAGCGGCCGUUCACCUGCUCUGUGUGUGGGAAGGGAUUCACUCAGUCAUCUAGCCUCUAUACACAUCAGCGGGUUCACACUGGGGAGAGGCCAUUCACCUGUCUUGAAUGUGGGAAAGGAUUUAAUGCUUUAUCCAAUCUUCGGACUCACCAGCGGGCCCACUCUGAUAAGAGACCAUUCAAAUGUUCUGACUGCGAGAAGAGCUUUAAAAGCAGAAAGGAUAUCGUGACACAUCAACGCACUCACACUGGUGAGAGGCCAUUUACCUGCUCCCUGUGUGGGAAGAAAUUUACUCAGUCAUCCCACCUCCUGACACACCAACUUGUUCACUCUGAUAAGAGACCUUUCGAAUGUUCUGACUGUGAGAAGAGCUUUAAAAGUAAAAAGGAUUUACUGAACCACCAACGCACUCUGACUGGGGAGAGGCCAUUCAUCUGCUCUAUAUGUGGAAAGGGAUUCACCUGUUCAUCCCAUCUUCUGUCGCAUCAAUUUGUUCACACUGAUCAGAGACCUUUUAAUUGUCCUGAUUGUGAAAAGAAAUUUAAAACUACAAAAGACCUUCUGAAACACAGACACACUCACACUGGGGAGAGGCCAUUCAUGUGCUCUGUCUGUGGGAAGGGGUUCACUCGUUUAUCACAUCUGCUGAGACACCAUCGAGUUCACACUGGGGAAAGACCGUUCACCUGCACUGUGUGUUGGCAGGAAUUUGUUGAUUCAUCCGACCUUCUGAUUCACCAGCGCGUUCAUACCGGGGAGAGACCCUACAGCUGCAUGCUAUGUGACAAGCGAUUCACUCAGUCAUCCCAUCUCACGACACACCAACUUGUUCACACUGAUAUGAGACCUUUUAACUGUCCUUACUGUGAGAAAAGAUUUAAAAGUAAACAGAAUCUGUUAACACACCAGCGGGUUCACACUGGGGAGAGGCCGUUCAACUGCCCCUUGUGUGGGAAGGGAUUUGCUCAGUCAAACAACCUCUUGAGACACCAGCAAGUUCACAUGCGACAGCAGGGGUUAUAUUCCACUGUUAAUCACACCCAAGACUGAACUGACGCUGGUUGCCUGUUUACUGUGGGAAUCCAGUUUGUUGCACAUGUUAAAGAUGAGACUUAAAUAUUGCGGUCAAGAUUAAAAAAGUUUGAGAAGAAGACUAAAGUUGAUUGACAAUGGGGAAGAACGGAAGGAACAGGGCAAUAGAUUAUUGAAGAGGAAAGCAGUGAAUUGGAGUCAAUCUGCAGAAAUGUGAGUUAAUGACUUUGGGAGGACAGAGAAGAAAAUGGAUGGACAACAAAUGGCAGGAUACUGAGUGUCGAGGAAUAAAAAAAUCUUGCAAUGCUUUCCACCGAUCUCUGAAGGCAGAUGUACAGGGGAUCGGGUGCUCAAGAGGCACUUGGGAUCCUUUCUUAGUCAAGGGCUAGAAUACAAAAAGCCAGGAAAAUGGUGCUGUUCAGAGCACAACUAGAGUUAGAACAUAGUUCUGGUUACUGCAUUAAACAGUUUAAUUAGUUAAUUGAAAUAAUCUUUUUAACAGUCAUCUAUUAGAGUGAGCCCAUUGAGAGUCCUGAUAUUUUGUUAAUUAUAAAGCU